AUGGAACGGCCCAAAGUCAUCGGGAGAGGCGGCGAGACCAUCAAGGGGCUGCAGGCGUCGAGCGGCGCGCGCGUGCAGAUCGACCAGACCACGGACCCGUGCAAGGUGGUCGUGAGCGGGAACCCGUACUGCGUCGAGGCGGCGUACGCGCAGGUGGCGAACAUCGUCGCCGGCGGGAGGUUCGACCCGAGCGGCGUCAUCCCGGGGAUGGUCGGAGGGGUGUACGGCGGCGGGAUGCACGCGGGGAUGCCGCAGGGAUACGACGCCGCUCAGAUGGCGGCGUACGGAUACGCGCCGCAGUACGCCGCCGCGGGGAUGUACGGCGGGAUGCCUGGGGGGAUGUACGGCGCGGGGAUGUACGGCGCGGGAAUGUACGGCGCGGGGAUGUACGGCGGGAUGCAGGGGAUGCCGCCGGGCGCGUUCGACCCCGCCGCGGCGACGGCGGCGGCGGCGGCGGGGAAGGCGGCGGCGGCGUCGGCGUCGGCGGGCGCGGGCGCGGGCGCGGGCGGCGCGGCGGGCGCGGAGUGGCAGGCGCUGGACGACGGGAACGGGCGGACGUAUUAUUAUAGUCCCGUCACCGGGGUGUCGCAGUGGGAGAAGCCGCCGGGGAUGUGA